CAGCCAUUGUCGCUAAACUCGCUAAUGAUCUCUAGGGUGUGUAUUCAAAUCACUGACGCCAUUCAAUCGGGCCCCCAGUCCACUUGGAAACGGCCACAACGGCCAAGCUCGAACCUGAUCGGGGCUGCCGCACGCUUGAGCUGAUGCUGCUUCAGGCUAGCUACUCGUAUGCGAUCGCUUGAGCAAUGGAAAUCUCGGCCCGCAAUUCCAAACGCCUCAGACACAAACACCGUUUCUUUAGGCACUAGAGCUACCAAUUGGGGCUGAGGCCCGUUUUCCCCGAGCCUGCGAAUGAUCGUCCUUGCAGCAAUAUGUGUACAGCUCGUCCUUGUGGAGCCCGCUGAAAUGGGCGUGAGCAUGUCCAGCGUCCAUGACAGAAACCCACAAAGCCUCGCAGGGGUUCCUUAUUCAUCGGGGUUGAUAUAAAGUGUGGUCCUCCCUUUUGGGGCAUCAAUGGACGAGAUGCAGAGAUAGUCGACUUUUCUUCAUCAACAUGGUUGGUGUUCCUGGACGCAGCAAGGGCUGUCAUACCUGUUUGAAAAGGAGGGUCAAGUGUGAUGAAGCUCGUCCGACGUGUAAGCGAUGCGAAAAGGCCGGAUACGCGUGCGCUGGGUAUGAGAGGAAGCUGGAGAUGCGUUUCCACACCUUUUCAGAUCAGGCAGAACCCGCGACAUCGGCUUCAACAAAGACCAGCAAAGACCCUCCCCCGACGACUGGAGGUGUGCCCCAGAAUCUUGUACUCAGGUCCAAUGACAGUCCGCCCUCGAGCUCCGGUUCCAUGCCCCAGGAGCUGAGCUUUGUUGCCUUCAGAGACAAUAUCCAGUUCUCCUAUCUCUUUGACAAUUUCGUGUGGAGCAGCUAUGGCUCGCCCUGGCUCCAGAUGUCGGCCGAAGGGAAGCUUGACGCCCUGUCGCUGGAGGCCUGUCGAGCGUUUUCCCUCACCAUUUUCGGCAGGCACCAUCGGCAAGCCGAGAUAGAAGUAAACGGCGCCAUACAUUACGACAAGACAGUUCGGGCCCUAUCAUCUCGACUGUCCAAUGUGGGGGCGCCGGGUAGUGAGAAUCUGAUCGUACCUAUCAUGAUCCUUCUCAUGCACUCCUCGAGUACCCCCGAUCCCCAGGCCUCUGCGUUCCACAUCCAAGGGCUGCUGAAGCUCAUCCAAAUAUGCGGUCCAGAGAGGUUCGCGACCGGUCCGUUGAGGUUUGCCUUUGAAUCCUGCCGGGCAACGCUGGUCACCGUCUCGCUGAUCACGAGAACCAGAACCUUUCUGGAGCAACCAGAAUGGCUGAGCGAACCAUGGGCGAUAUGCGGCGAAUACAACAAGAAUCCGCAGAACCGCCUGGUCGACAUCCUGGUCCACAUACCUGGGUUCCUGCAGGACCAGGCGCAGCUCGAGCAGGCGCCGUCUGAACAGUUCCGGCUCGAACUCAUCCAGCGCAUCGAGUACCAGAUCGCCAAAGCCCACAACUGGCGGUGGCAGUGGGAAGAAAUGAACCCGACGGUCGCGUGGGAGGUGGACCCGGAGACGCUGCCGGCCGACCAACUCCUCACCCAGCCGCGGCCGGUCCGCAAAGUCCUGGUCUUCUCCUCCUUCACCAAAGCCGCGGAGCUGUCGCUAUACAACGCCAUCCUGCUGUUCCUGCUAGGCGUGCUGUGGACGCUGAAACCCCCGGAACAGGAAUCCCCGCCGUCCGUCCGCCUGCCGACGACGCAGCCCGCGGGCGCGGGCACGGGCGCUGCCCUCUUCCUUCCGGGCGACGUCGACUCGCUGGUCGAGCCGGCCGUCGAGAUCUGCCGGGCGUUCGAGUUCCAGCUGCUCGCGUCCAAGAGUUCUCGGGACUCGGCCCUGUUCUGGCUGUUCCCGCUGGGCCUGGCGAGCAAGGCCCUCGAGGACAACCUGGACUACCUGGCCUGGAUCAAGAGCAUGCUCGACGCGUCCCAGGUCACGCGGGGCUACGGCACCGGCGGCAACACCUUCGGCUUCGGCUUCUACCGCCUGCCCAAGAUCCGGCGGAAGUGCUCCAAGCAACGGCCCAUGAUCCAGCCCCAGUACGACUCCGACUCGGUCAGGCAACUCUCCGAGGGCUCAUCUUCUCCCGAUGCAUUCGUGUGAGCAAGCCGAGAUGUGGUGCGGAUCCGGCGGCGUCGGCGCUGGGGAGUAUGUGGGAGUGGGUACGGAGGAUUGAUCAGUGGCAUCGGGCACGAGUGUUUGAACAAUGUUUUUCUUGACCUUUGAUGUGGCGUUGAUGCAUUUACGACGUGGAAUCACGAUGGGCCAGUAGCGAAGGAGUUAUGGCGUAUAGUCUUGAGGUGAUGGGGCGUACAACAAAUCAAAUGUCAAUUUGUGAAACUUGCUACAUCAAAAAAAAAGGGGUACCCAAUCCCAAGUUACG